GGACCCAUUUUGUGAUGGAGCAAGCUACCUGCCUUGCACAGCACCUGUGGGUGCUCUGGUGCAGCUGCCUCAAAUAGCAGCCUUGGUUUCCUGUGGUGUGGGUUGAGAUGGAGGAGCAGGUUGGGCAGCAGAUAUUGUUCCCCUUUUGCAGGUCUAAAGGCAUGGGUGCUGCAACAGUUAUCUCUACAAAUCCUUUAAUGGAACAGUUGUAUCUAAAAUAUCAACAAAGACCAUGGAGUGAAACUCUGAAACUUGUCCAUUUCUGCAUGGAUAAGCCACGUCGAUCUCCUGUCAGUGAUGCUCCAGAUGAUCCAUUGCUCUCAUGCAUGGAGAAGCUGCAGAGAACACUAAAUGAUAAAUCUUUGUUUUCUGCGAUGAACAGAUUGGAAUCUUUAUCCAAACAAAAAGGGCUUAACUCUCAUGUUAGCCCCAGUGGGACUUCCUGCUACAUAACCUCGAACAUGUUUUAUAUAGAAGUGCAGCUGGAGAAGGAUGGAAGGGUGAUGGAUGCAAAGCUCGCUCACCUUGGAGAGGCUCCUGUGACUUGUGAUGACUUGGUGCAGCACCUCAGGAUGAAGAAUUAUGACGCGUUUGGAAAGAUUCUAGAAGAUCUGUCAAAUCUGUAUCAAAUUCCAGGAAACAGCGAAAUGAAAGCUAAGGGUUACCUUGCAUUGCAGUCCCUUGAAAAAGAUCUUCAUUCAAUGUCUCUUCUACACAGAACACAGGAUGUAAACAGAGUUACUGAAGUACUUCAUGGAAAAGUAGGACACCUGGUGCCAAGAACUGGAGGAACUCCCAUGAACAUUGAAUUUUACAUUUCUCCAUAUCAAAUUCUGGAAGCGGAGCUCAAUCCUGGUUCUCUGGUUUGUGGAACAAAAGCAGUUGUGACUGUUGAAGGCACAGAUAUGCUCCACAAACUUCCUCUUUCUCCGCUGCUUGUAGACUCUCAAGCUGAAGAAGAUGGCAACCCUACUUUUUUGCCACUGACUAAUGAACUCAGUGUGGAUUUGUCAGCUUAUUUUUUGUUGAAGUUUCAUCAGCCUAUUCCUCUGUCCUUACCCAACCUUGAAGAGAUACAGAUGCUCACAGGAAUUCAGAUUACUGCCUUGAAACUAGCUCCUUUGUAUAAGCUGAUUAUUCAGUCUACCCUUAAAGAAAAAUGUAGUGAAGAUUUGUCUACACACAAAUCCUGUUUCUUUGUGUCUCUUCCAGAUUGCCCAAAGCACUGUUAUUUCAUAAACAAGGGCUCCGAAAAAUCAAAUUUAGCAGGAGCCUUGGUGAGUAAAAUCCCAUUUACCCAUCCAAAGUGUGUGCCUGCUGUAAUAGAGAUUCUUCGACAUCAGAUGGCAUAUAACAGUCUUAUUAGCAGCUGUGUUUCUGACAAGUAUACAAAUGAAGAUGAUUCAGAACUGCUUUACUUUGAAGUGAUACCACACAAGAACACCAGCUUUUCUGUCUUCUUUAUUCAUCCUAUGAGUGAAAAUUUAGCUUGUGUGACUAUUGAUGUUGUAACCUCCAGAGAAGUCCAGUGUAACCUUCAUUUACAUACUCAAGAUCCAACUCUAAAUUCUAGUGAUGGUUUUAUAUCAAGAUCUGUGAAGCGCUGCAUGUCAGUUCCAGUUGUCAUGAGAGCUAUCUACAGGAAGGCUACCAAAUUGGAAGCUGAUAGUGGAACACAAGGCACAGAAGUAGACACAAAACAAAAAUCUGAACUGCCAUGUGAGCAAAUUAUUGAUUCUAAUAGACUUGAAGAAAGUCUUUCUGCAGAUGGACAACAAGAUCUGCUUAAGACAAAUAAGGAAAGUGUUCCAGACUGCCCAGAACGAAGACUCUCCACAGCCAAGCUGGAAACUUUAGGUGAUGAGAUGGAAAAAAGUAACGCUAUCGUCAACACAGAAACCUUGUCCAGAGUGGAAGAAAUGAAUUCCACUGCUAGUACAGAAGCUGUAAUGAAAGAUAAGUGAAACACAUCAUGUAAUCUAUUGUUUAAUAAUUGAGCAAGAAAGGAAUAUGUUCCCAAGCAUAGCUUGCUUUUGCAGUAGUAGUUGGAGAGAACUUGGUAAGCUCGCUAUUUACUUAAUUUCUGAAUGGAGUUUCCUGUUCACAUCAAAAUAACUCUUCAACUUACACUUUCUUUCUGGUAACCACUGUUUUUGUUUCAUUGUAUUCUACUAAGGAUAGGAAAAAAAUAAGUUUGAUUUAUGUGAUGCAGGUUAUAACAUAACACAUGCACUAUAAACAGAAAAUAAAAAGUACCAAUGUCAGUGUUAUGUUAAAUAAACUGAGAAAAAGCUGAUUGAACAAUUCUGACAUAUAUAAUACGUGCAAAUAGCCUUAUUCAAUUCCACUAUUUCAGUCACAAGUUCAGUAUGAGAUUAUUAAUUACACAGUUCAAUUUUUUUUUUCCUCUAAUGUAGAAAGUGGUAAAGAAUAGCAACCAAACUUAAUGUAUAACAACUCCAUGGCAGGAUAAUAGUUUUUAUUUUAAAAUUUACAUUAUUUUUUCCAGAGAAUCAGUUUUUAAUUCUUGCUUCUUGGUUUUGGCUUUGAAGUAUAAAAAUACUCUGUGACGUUUUUCUGUUUAGUUCUAGUUAAGGUUUGAACAACUGACUUCUCUCUGUCUAGACUUACUUUGUGUGAGACAUGGAAGAAUUGUAAAAGUGAAAUAAAGUACAAGAACUCUUGA